GACGUGCCUGUGGUAACUUAAGUGUGGAUACUUAGGUGUGCCAGCCAGGGUUUUCCCCCGUUGCCUGACCUGUGUCCUGUGGUGUGGAUGAAGUGCUGUGGAGACAUGAUGCUGUGGCUGAAGAGACAUUACAUCCAAUACAAGUUUACAGUGCUGACCAAAACAGACUCGUUUCCUGCAGAACCUCCUGAAACCAGAGACUGGUACCUACAGUAGAUCUGCUGCACACACUGACAAAGUGCACACCAUCUGCAUACUGUUCUUAUCAUGUUCUUCAGAGAAUAUCUGGCUGUAAACUGGAUGAUGGAUCAGUGAUUCCGACUGUCUUUAAUUAUUUUGGAUUAGAUGGAGCAGAUUUUAUGUCCUUUAAUUAUGACACUAUGCAGUGGAUUGAUAACAGCCCGAAUGCCAAAGAAACCAAAAUGAAACGGGAGUAACUUUUGAGUCUUAAGUAACUGUGUUCAUGUGUUGAACCUGGUGCAGUUUAGGUUUGAUUGAUAUCAGUCAUUUCCCUCAGCUCAUUUGAAUACAGCAUGUGUCCGAUAGUCAAAGGAGAUUAAAUAUUCUUUCAACAACAACAGCAAAAACUGUAGUUAGAAUAAAUAGCGGAUGAGGAGCCGUAUCCUGCACCCAGAACCAGGUCACGUCAUGUCUGCCAAGCCUGAGUCUCUUCACGUCAUGUCUGCUAAGCCUUCCCAGGUGAAAAAGAUGUACAAUUAAGUGUAUUAAAAAUGCAUUACAUUAUAUUUGUAUUGUAUUAAAAACAUAUUUAAGUACAUUUUUAACACACUUAAUUGUACGUCUUUUUCACCAUGGGUUAGUCUGGGGCCACGUCAUGCUUUUAUUUUAUGUUUUGUUAUGUUUAGAUAAACUGCAAUAUAUUUGCACUGCACUGUUUAUAUAAACUCCAGCAGAACUGAAUUGUGUUGUAUAAUGACACUAUUGUCUUAGAGCUGUAAUUAUUUUGCUCAAUAACAGGAAGCUGCUUUUAAACAGAAGCUGCUCAAGAGGAAGACAUUUAGGAAUUGUCAAGCGAGAGUUCAUGUUUCUCAUUACAGGAUGCAAAACAUUUCAGACAUAAGAGACAUGACAUGAUUGUGUAACUGUUAACCCAUGGAGGUUGUCUUUUACAUUUAACCUCGUCCACUAGGAGCAGAAUAGUGAACACACACACACACAAGAAUGAUUUUAUUUAGUUUUUUAUGUUUUUGCUCUUUUCUAAGCGAUGCACAGCAAGAGAAACACUUCCUCCAUUACAAGUUUACAGUCCUGACCAGAACACACACAUUCCCCGAGUUCAGUGGUGUGUGUGUCUAUGACGACAGACGCAUCAAACACUUCAGUAAUGAAGAACGAGUUUGGAUAAAAGAGAGUGCACACGACUGGACAAAUACACUUGAGGAACCGGCUGACUCAAAAGACUUUAUCAUACGUCAGAUCAGGACUCUGUCGGACUGCACACACUCGCUGUGUCCUGGUCAUGUUCUUCAGAGAAUAAUUGGCUGUGAACUGGAGAAACUUCCUGACGGAUCAGUGAAUCUGACUGUCUUUGAUGAUUAUGGAUUUGAUGGAGAAGAUCUUAUAUCCUUUGAUUAUGACACCGCGCAGUGGAUUGAUAAAACCCCCAAAGCCAAAGAAACUAAAAUGAAAUGGGAUUUUCAAACAGAACGAAACCAGUUUAUCAAAAAUUAUCUGAAGACCUGCACUGACUGGAUCUCAACGCUUCACAACACAAAACAGAUUCCUCCACAUGUUCACGCUUUUGUGCCGAAACUUUCUGAUGAUGGCGGUGAGCUGCUUCUGACCUGUCUAGCCACUGGUUUCUACCCCAGAGAUGUUGAGAUGAACAUUAGAUUGAACAGAAUUAAUCUUGAGGAUCAAACAUCUUCUGGAAUCAGAGCAAAUCAUGAUGAAACCUUUCAGAAGAGAAUCAGCGUGAAGAUCGACAGAAACCAUGAAGGAUCUUACGACUGUCUGGUCACUCACAGCGGUCUGACUCAAUCACGACCGGUUGUAACAGUGUGGAAUAGAAGAUAUAUUGGCAGUGAAACCGGAUGUCAGUGUCUUCUAGUAGUUGGAGCGGCUCUAGCUCUCAUUGUGAUUGGUUGCUGCAUCCAAAAAAAGAUGGUCAGAUACACAGCGAGUGAGAGUGUUUUACACACGCGAAAGCCUCAGGAUCACAUCAGUUGUCCUAAAAGUGUUCGUAAGAGAUGCAUUUGAAGUGUUAAGCGGCAAAAAGAUCAACGUGACAGUCUUACACUCUUCAGGAACUCAGUCAUACAAUGCUUUCUUAAAAUAGAGACAUUAACUGUAUGUAUGCCACACAUUGUAGAAUUCAAACCGUGUUUUGUCCGAGUCAUUGCCGUUGUAUCUCUGUCAUACUAAGAUAGGCCUUUGCUGUGCAUUCCUCACUGUAUAGAGCUUCUGUUUGCUGGUUAUAGUCCAAUACAUAUCUACUGUAAGUGUUAUUAUUGUGAUUGUGAUCCACUUUCAGAAGUUAAAGUCCUUCCUUUCAAAUGGCUUUUUUAAAAUCCGGUCUGGAGACUUUUUUCUUCUCUGUAAAACAUGUUGAAUCAGGUUUGGGAA